AUGCGACGUCAUCGUCAUCAUGGUGAUCACAGAAGAGGCAUGGGAAGCGCAAAUUUAGGUGAAGUAUUGUGCAUUUGUGGUUUUCACCAUGACGACAUGCAUGUCGUCAUGGCAUCAUGCAUGACGACAUGCAUGACGACAUGGCAUCAUGCAUGUCGUCAUGGUGGAUGUUUUUUUGUAUGGGAGUUUUUUAAACUCAUUUUAUAA